AUAUCUAGCAACGCCACAAUGGCUAUAAUAUUGGAUCGGGAAUAUUUGGGAGACUCAUAUGAAGAUAUUUUAUCUACAAUGAAAGCUAUUGCGGAACAAGUAUUGAGAGAAGAAAUGAAAAACGGCGGAUUAAAUAUUCAAUAUUUUUCUUGGAGUAACAUUAACUUGAAAAGAGGUUUCACAGCUAUACUUAGCAUGGCCAACUGCCAUAAUACUAAACUCUUGCAUGCUGCUGCAGCAGAAGAAGAAAUUUUAGUUAUGGCGAUAACAGAUGCAGAUUGUGCCAGACCUCCAGGUGAUUUUGGUGUAUUAUCAGUACCCUUGUUGGAGCCUGGAUUUGAGAUGGCACAGAUUCUUCUAGAUAUGCGAAGUGGAAAAGGUCUUGACUGGAAGUCUGCAAAUAUAAUACAUGAUGAUACUUUAAAUCGUGAUAUGGUAAGCCGUGUAGUAACAGCUUUAUCAUCUGAAUUACCUGAUGAAACUACUGCUCCUACCGCAGUUUCUAUUUUUACUAUGAGGGCUGAAAAACAUGAAAAAGAACGCAGAGAGGCUAUAAUUGAACUAUUAGCCAAUCUGCCAAUGGGGCGUAUCGGAAAGACUUUUCUGGUGAUUAUUGGUCGUCAGCAAUUGGAAUCAUUUAUGGAUAUUGCUGCAGAGUUGAGAAUUGUUAAUACUUUGACGCAAUGGUUGUACGUUGUUGCAGAUAGUGAUGCCAUUCGCGAUCCUGUUUUGAAGUUCAGCAAACGUAUAGGAGAGGGUUUUAAUAUUGCUUUUGUUAGUAAUUUUAGCAGACCUUCCAGACAAGAAUGUCAGAUGGGUAGAGAAUGUUAUAUGCGUGAAUAUUUUCGUGGAUUUAUUCAUGCUUUGGAUAAAUGCAUUGCUGAAGAACGAGAAUUGUAUAACCAGGUAUCAGACGAAGAAUGGGAAUCAAUUAGGCCCAACAGACGCGAAAGAAGAGAUGCUCUUCUUAAACAUAUGAAGAAAUUUAUUAAACAAAAGAGUGAAUGUGGAAACUGCACCAGGUGGAUGCUCCGGUCAUCGGAAACAUGGGGUCGAGCUUACAUUUUAGAUGAUACCGAAGUCUUUCAAUUAAUACAGGCAGGAUUUUGGCGACCUACCGAUGGCUUAUCAAUGACUGACUACUUAUUUCCUCAUAUAAUGAAUGGUUUUCGGGGAAAAGUAAUGCCUAUUGUCACAUAUCACAACCCGCCAUGGCAAAUAAUAGCAUAUAAUGAAUCUGGAGUACCUGCACAAUAUAAAGGUGUUGUGUUUGAUAUAAUGGAUCAAUUGUCGAUUAAUUUAAAUUUUAGUUACAGUGUUACGAUUGUUACUAAUGCCACUUCAGCCCUCGGUCUGCCGCAAGAAUUCCCAACCUACCAACUCCCACCAAGCCUACUGAAGGUCGUGAAAUCAAAUAGGGUUUUAUUGGGAGCAGCAGCUACAACAAUUGAUGAAAAGAAAAAGGCAAUGGGUGUCAAUUUCACCAUGCCAAUUAGUGUGCAACCUUACUCAUUUUUAGUGUCUAGACCAGGAGAGUUAUCCAGGGCGCUGCUCUUUAUGCUUCCAUUUACAUAUGAUACGUGGCUGUGUCUUGGAUUCUCCGUUAUAGUAAUGGGACCCUUAUUGUAUAUAAUGCAUAGAUUUAGUCCAUUUUAUGAAUAUUAUGGAGUAGCUAGACAAGGAGGAUUAAAAUCCAUGCAAAAUUGUUUGUGGUAUAUGUAUGGCGCUCUACUUCAACAAGGUGGUAUGCACCUUCCCGAAGCAGACAGCGCAAGACUUAUUAUUGGUACAUGGUGGCUGGUGGUGUUAGUAGUAAUUACAACUUAUUGUGGUAAUCUUGUUGCAUUUUUAACGUUUCCUAAAAUUGAUAUUGCCAUCACGUCGGUGGAACAAUUGAUAAUAAACAAAGAAACCGUAUCGUGGACGAUUAGAAAAGGCACAUACUUAGAAUAUCACCUCAAGACAACAGAUCAACAAAAAUAUACAGAUCUACGGCGCGAUGCUCAGUUUGCUGAUUCUGAAAAUGAGGACAUGAUUGAGAUGGUCCGUCAAGGAAAACAUGUAUUUGUUGAUUGGAAGAUAAAUUUGCAAUACAUAAUGAAAAAAGAAUUUCUUCAAACCGAUGGUUGCGACUUUGCUUUAUCGUCUGAAGAAUUUAUAGAUGAGCGGAUAGGUAUGCUUAUAAACAAAGAUAGUCCAUAUCUUCCAGUAAUAAACCAAGAAUUGAAAAGGAUGCACCAGAUGGGGCUGAUACAGAAAUGGCUUGCUUCUUACCUCCCAAAGAAGGACCGUUGCUGGAAUAGUGGUAAAUCAUCAGAGGUCCAAAAUCAUACUGUUAACAUGGACGAUAUGCAGGGCUCAUUUUUUGUACUUUUUCUUGGAUUUUUACUAGCUGGUUUUGUGAUAUCUGCUGAAUUUCUAUAUCACAAGAGAAAAACAAAAAAAGAAAAAGCAAUUAUAAAACCUUUUGUGCCAUAA